GCGUCAAAAGGAAAAUGAGUCCUUGUGCCAAUUGGGUUAAUUGCGCCACGUACUUUGGGUUCAACUUUUGGGUUUCAGUUCUUGUAAUUAAUAAUUUACCAUAUUCAUAAGUGUAAUUUUGGGUUGCGAGAUAAUGGAACGAGUAGAUGAUGAGCUGAUGGGUCAAUUUGCAACUUUCCUUUGGAUGAUAUGGUAUGAGCGAAAUAACCAAAUGUUCAAUCGGAGGAAAGCGGAGGAGUGGGAAGUGGUAGGAAAGGCGCGAAGCUACUGGGAAGAAUUCAGUCUUUAUCACAGACAAGAGAAAUCAGAGAGGGAGCCGGAUUUGGUUACCUGGAGACGCCCGCCGCCGGGAUGGGUCAAGGUAAAUGUUGAUGCCGCAGUGUUGAAGGGAGAGGGAACUGGAAUGGGGAUGAUUAUACGCGACAGCGAGGGAGUCUUCUUGCGUGCGGCGGUCCGAAGAGAGAGGAAGUGCUGGCCCCCAGAAAUUGCCGAGAUCAAGGCGGUGGAGUUCGGAUUGAAGCACCUGGAAAUGAGCGGUCAUCGGCAGGCGGUGGUAGAGACGGAUUGCCAACAGGUCGUGCAUGCGCUCCGAAGCAAAAGUCAGACAAGGUUGGAAGCGGGCCCUCUGAUUAGUGAAAUGCAGGCUACAGCCCAACGUUUGGGAUCCAUCAGGUGGGAUUUUGUGAAAAGAAAUGGCAAUGAGCCGGCCCACACAAUGGCACACACUAGAUGUAACUGGGAGGAGGAGGAGUGCUGGGACACCAGGCCUCCAAUUGUUAUCUUAAACAGUCUGGAAAAAGAGGCCCGAGCCUCUUAAUAAAAGCUUUCAGGUUUUCCAUAAAAAAAAAAAAAGUGUAAUUUUGG